AUCUCCCUUCCCACAAACAUGGAAUCUCGAAAUUCAUCAUUUUUGUAUGUAUUAUUUUUUAUUUUCAUGUUAAAUAUAAAAAUUUCAUCGGUCCAAGGACUUGGCGUUAACUGGGGUACCCGUGCGAUACACCCAUUGUCACCCAAUAUCGUGGUGAAGUUGUUAAAGGAUAACGGGUUCAAUAAAGUUAAACUGUUUGAAGCUGAACCUUGGGUGCUGGAUGCACUUAGAAACUCAGGAAUCCAAGUUAUGCUCGGGAUUCCUAAUGAUUUCUUAGCUCCGUUGGCAAGUGGUGUCAGCGUUGCUGAAAAUUGGGUCACGAAAAAUGUUUCUGCGUAUGUUUCACGUGGAGUCGAUAUAAGGUAUGUGGCUGUUGGAAAUGAACCAUUUCUCAAAACAUACAAAAACAUGUUCACAAACACAACUCUCCCAGCCCUUGACAACAUUCAAGCCGCAUUGAUCAAAGCCGGUCUAGGCCGACAAGUAAAAGUAACGGUUCCGUUAAACGCCGACGUCUACGAAAGCGCUUCCGGCGUCCCGUCCGAGGGAAAUUUCCGCUCGGACAUCCACGAUCUAAUGAUCUCCAUCGUCAAAUUUUUAAGCGACAACGGAGCCCCUCUCACCAUCAACAUCUACCCGUUCCUUAGCCUCUACGCGGACCCACAUUUCCCCGUCGACUUUGCUUUCUUCGCAGGAACCAAUGCUCCGGUCGUAGACGGCUCGGUUUCUUACACCAAUGUGUUUGACGCCAAUUACGAUACCCUCGUGUGGGCCCUCGAGAAAAAUGGGUUUUCAUCGAUGCCAAUCAUUGUCGGGGAGAUUGGGUGGCCCACUGACGGCGACAUCAAUGCGAAUAUUCAAUAUGCUAGAAAGUUUAACCAAGGGUUACUUAGUCGGAUAAUUCAAGGACAAGGUACACCUAAACGAAAAACGCCACCAGACGUUUAUGUGUUCGGACUUAUCGACGAGGAUGCAAAAAGUAUUGAUCCCGGGAAUUUUGAACGACAUUGGGGCAUAUUUAAUUAUGACGGGACGGUUAAGUAUAGACUCGACUUUGGAAGUAACCGGACCCUGGUCCCAGCUAAAGGUGUCCGGUACUUAGAAAGACAAUGGUGCGUGCUGGCACCAGGCGCUAGUGAAACAGACCCUAAGUUGGUCGACAGUAUUAACUACGCUUGUACAUUUGCAGAUUGUACAAGUUUAGGGUACGGGUCGUCUUGCAAUGGUUUAGACGCUCGAACUAACGCAUCAUAUGCGUUUAAUAAGUAUUUUCAAGCAAUGAAUCAACAAAAAGGCGCGUGUAAUUUUAAUAAUUUGUCGGUGAUCACGAAAAUUCUACCGACAACGGGGAAAGCGAACUGUAAAUUUGAGAUUAUGAUUGACGUUGGGAAACACGAGAAGGCGCGGAGUCCGCCGAAGUAUUCGGCUGCGGCAGGGUGGCUAUCGCCGAAUUUCGGUUGCUCUAUGGUGGUUGUGUUACUUUUGUCAUUGAUCAUUGGUUGGGUUGCAUGAGUGAUUGUAGUUUUGAAUCUUGCAACAUUGUUUAUGUAAAUAAAUCUUAUAAUUUGAUUUAUGAAAGGGUUAAUAAUUAUUUUAUCGUCU